AUGCCGCGUAAAAGGGGAAGAGGAGGAGGAGGAAGCAGGGGAGGCGGUGGUGGAAAGGGCAGAAGCAACCGCGAGAAAUUCAGGGGGAUUGAAGAAAACACUUUGGCGAUUCUUGAAAAUUCUAGCACCGCAACUUCCCACCAUCUUCUCGAUGACCGUCUGGCUUUUCUGCAAGCUGUUCGGUCUGCUUCUUUGGUUCCUGAAAAUGGCACUGCCCCUACCAACAAAAUGUUGGAGGCAGUUUUCCGAAUUUUGAAGGAUGAGGAUUCACUUGACUUGAUUGUUGAAAGUUAUGAACUUCUAUUGGAGUUAAAUAAGCGAUAUCCCCGGGUCUCCUUGUCGCUGGAGGUAAAAUCGGGAUCAUGCCCAGAGUCUGAAGCUCUCUCAAAACUGAUUGUAGUUGAAGAGGCGUGGUGUCCAUUCCGUCGUAGUGAGAAGGAGGAAUCCAGUAGCAGCAACGGUGAACUAAUUGACUCCUCAAGUUUCCAUUCUCUAAUAGAAGAUAUUGCUGAAAUAACUAGCAGCAGGAGUUGCAAAGAAGAAAUGUCUAGAAGAGCUAGUGAGGAAAGCUGCAGAAAACUGGAUCUAAAGUCGCUGAGGAAUAUGUUGCUGUUUCAUUAUCUUGUUAGCAUUCUCGAAGGAGAUUUUAUCGCAAGAACACAGGCUUUUAAAGAAAAUAUGAACUGGGCCCUUUUGAGGGAGUCCAUCCUCAAUGUGAUUCUGGGGUCAAGGAAAACAUCUUACAAAGAUUUGAUUAAGGAAUGCCUUUCUCUGAUGUGUGAUCUUUGUCGUGGGUUGACAGAGUUUGCUCACGAUCUGAGACCAAAUGGAAGUCUCGCAGCGGAGCUAAGAAAUAAUAUUUAUUUUGCUGUUCAGUUAACUUUACCUGAAGUAGAAACGCGGACCUGUAAUGCACUGAAGAAACUUCUGCUCAUGAUUAUGGAUUUAGAUUCUUCAAGGAACCUUGCUGAUAUGAGCGAUCUUAUCAGUAGAGCAGAUGGAGUGAGGACCCCAGCGGCAGAGAUCAUUUUAAAUGAGCUUACGUAUGAUGGUGAUAUACUUUCUCCAUUUUUUCUGGCAGUUGACGAACCUGAUUGGAAGCUAAAACUAGUGGUCCAGUUUUUCCAGAAGUAUAUCCCUAAGUCUUCUGCUCGCACCAGACGUUCAAAUGGCUCGGCUAGUGAUGUAACUUUUGAUGGGAUUUUGAAGUGCUUCUCGAAUCAGAGCAUCUCUAAAGGAGUAAACAAAAAGAUCAGGGCAGAAGUUACUCAGUUGCUUUUAGCACACGCAUUUAAGGCUUACUUGUCAAUUGCAUCAAAUCAAUCGGCAGAAGAUAUCUCUGGUACGAAGCAGGAUACAGGAGCUGGCUGCCUUGUGGAAAUCUGUAGGAACAUAAUAUCUGCUUUUGCUUGUCUCCAAAAGGACAAUAAACGUUGUGAACUUUUGGAGAUCAGCAAAGAAGCUCUUUUUACAGCAGGAACAAUCAUUGCAAUGAAUCCAACCGGAAUCAGCCACUGA